ACGCUGUUUCAUGCAAUGGGACCACAUAUAUACAACAGUAGUACCGAGCAGCUUCGUUCUUGGCAUGGGAAUGUCGUCGUAAGCUCCUUUCGUGCUUGGAAAAAUCCGGCUUUUGCACUAAUGUUGUUAAAGAAAUAUGGAGUUAUAGGACUGCGUAAUGUGGUCAUUUCGAGAAGGUAAGUGUGAAGCGUGCAGUUAUAAAGAUUGAUUGUCCCAUGUCCUGCAUGCCAUAUUGUCGAACAUUUUAAAACAUCUCAAAGUUGAACUCCGAAUUCAAUAUCCAAUCCAGAAUUAUUUCUCCCCCCAAAAUGGUGCAAUUCACAAACCUUGUCGUUCUCGGCAUUGCCAGCUUUUCUAGUCUCGUCGUCGCUCAUCCGGGGGAGGACCAUCACGCUGAAGCCGCAGCUCGUGCAGCCUAUUUCCAAAGCAAUUCGCUGCACUCACGUAGCAUCGGCUCCUGUCUUUCCUCUAGUCUGAAAGCGCGUGGUUAUGAAGCUCAAAACGUUGCUCGCCGUGAAGCUACUCUCCAAAAAAUACGACAAGCCCGGGGAUUAACCAGCAUCAGCAACAAAUACUUGCAAGCGCGUGAUUUCGAUACCCUCCUCAAUACAACCCACCACUCCAAUCAGACAGGGCUGACUGCCUCGACUGAUCCUGAAAUUCUUUUCCACUCAAAUGGUACUUGCGUCCUUUCGGAAGACGUCACUCAGGGACCAUACUAUGUCACUGGUGAAUUAAUUCGAAAUAACCUGGUCGAAAAUCAAGAAGGCGUGCCACUGUACUUAGACAUCCAGUUAGUUGAUAGUAGUACAUGUGAGCCUGUAUCGGAAGUUUAUCUUGAUGCUUGGCAUUGCAAUGCUACGGGUGUAUACUCCGGUGUUGUUGCAAACGGCAAUGGAAAUACCAACGACUUGAGCAAUCUAAACACGACCUUUUUGAGAGGUGUUCAGAAGACAGGCGAAGAUGGGGUGGUGCAGUUCCAAACCAUCUUCCCAGGACAUUACACCGGUCGUGCCAUUCACAUUCAUGUUCUGUCCCACCCUGCCAAUGAAACAACCGUCUACGCAAACGGCACCAUUUCCGGACUCUACUCGUCUCACGUCUCGCAUAUUGGCCAGCUCUUCUUCGACCAGGACCUUAUUUCCGUCGUCGAAGAGACUAAUCCUUACAGUACCAAUACGCAGACUCUUACGGAGAACGCCGACGAUUGGAUUCUCAAGCAGGAGGCAGACAAUGGAAUCGAUCCCUUUGUGGAAUAUGUGUUCUUGGGCGACGACAUUUCCGACGGCAUCUUUGGCUGGAUUUCAGUUGUGAUUAAUACAUCGGAGGACACUACCGUCACUCCGGCAGCGGAGUAUACAGCCGACGGCGGGGAAGCGAAUGAUAACAGCCAGCCUUUUUGAAGGUGCAAGGGAGGGUUACGGUGACCCCAGGGAGAUAUUUUCAGACGCUAUAUAUGUCUAUAAGUAUGUCAAUUAAUGGUCUGUCUUUAGAC